GCGGCUUUCUCAUAAUGUCUAAGCCAACGACCACAGGUGGGCAGAAAGACGCAAUGCUCUACGAGAUUGCGACAAAUAAACAACUGGACGAGGAUAUGGUCGAGGCUGAAAUAAAGCGGCGUUUCCAGACACAAGAGUAUCCAAGCUUUACGGGAAAUUUCACCUCGUCUGAAGACGAGGGAGGCUCGUCGACUUCGUUAGAGGACUACGUGCUUGCUAUGUUUUCCACGGGGAGGACUUGCCUCACCGGCUUAUCCUGGGGAGAGAGGACGGGUUCCCCAGUCUUUCAAUGGGCAUGGUCGUAA